AUGGAUUCAACUGCAACACCGGAUCCAAUUUUAUUGAGAGUUGUUGUAAACAAAAAGAAAAACAGAGUCCUCUAUGCUGAAGCAGAGAAGGAUUUUGUAGAUAUUCUUUUAAGCUUCUUGACACUGCCACUAGGCACUAUUGCGAGACUUGUGAGUAAGGAUUCAAACACGAAGCCCUGUCAAUUCGGAUGCAUAAGCUCGCUGUAUGCAAGUGUGUGUAAUCUGGAUCCCAAGUAUUUGAAUUCAGAGACAUGCAAGCAAAUGCUGCUUCAGCCAAGGAACUCCAUGGAACGUUAUAAUCAGAAACUCAAACUCAGCAUUGACGAUACUGAUCCAAUCAAGUAUUAUGCUUGUGACUCUUGUUUUUAUGAAGAUGGUUCUCUGGUGAGCAGUUCCGAGAAUAUGAAAUGCGAAUGUGGGGGGCAUUCUACAUUCCUUCUGACGCCUUGCAAAUCGUUGUUAUGCAGUGGAUCCGAUCAAAACGAAACUCGUGAUACUGGAGAUGAUACAUUGGAAGGCUAUGUAAAGGAGACUGCAUCUUUUGUUAUUGCUGAGGAUCUAAAUGUAACUCCUGCUGAUUUGAAUACAAUAUUGCGUCUGCUAAAGAAUCUACGCUCUAAAGAUCCACCCCAGGAAUUCACCGCGGUUCUUGGUUCAAAUGAGAUUUUGGACCUGCUCAAGCGCAUGUUGACCUCGACCACAGCACUCACAGAUUUAUUGUUAAGGAAGGAACACAGCCUUGUGAAUUCCGAAACUCCAUUCAAGAUAACUGACGAGAGAAGAGGUAGAGAGAGCACUGGGACGAUGAAGAUGAAGGUAUUGAUCUCAAAAUCAAAGUCUAAGAUAUUGUUUGCUCAAGUUGAGGAAGAUUUCGUGGACCAGCUUCUUAGUUUCUUGACAUUCCCACUAGGAGCUGUAGAGAGAGUUUUAGAAGGAAACUCUGGGUUGGUGUGUGUCGACAAAUUAUAUACCAGCUUGAACAACUUCGAUUCAACCGCAGACUUCAAGUUAGAGAAGAUGAAAAACAUGUUGGCCAACCUCAAGGUGGCACCAUAUUUUAAGGUGAAUGACCAAAUGUUACCUAUCGAUGAAUUGAAGUGUCCGUCAGAGUUAAGCUAUUGUUACAGCCGAUUGGAUCGUUCAUAUUAUUUGACUGCCGAUGAAAGGUUGUAUAGUAAACCUGCUGCGAGAGGACUAAGAAUGUGUGACCCUAAGUCUCCAAUAAUGGAGGAAAAUUCAGGGAAUGGAUAUGCAAAGAGUAGAACCAAGUUCAUGGUUGCCGAUGACUUGUCUGUGGAACCCUUUUCAUCUCACCAUGUUUUAUCAUCUUUAGCUAAAUUCAAGGUGCAUCACCAUGACUUGGAAGAAAGAACAAUCUGCAUUGGGGCACAAGAGGUUCUGAGCAUCCUGAAAGCUUCCUUGGUGUCAACAUCAGCUUUGAGAAUUGGUCUGAACUUUUUUGACAAAUACUACUAAAGAAGAGCUAUUGAGCAUUAAAGAAGAGAGGUGAAACAGAGACGCAAAGCAGAAAUGUAAUUGUUGCCUAAAUGGAAGCCUGAGAGCAACGUGGCUAUACUGACUGGUGAUCAAUUUCUUGAUUUGCUUUCAUCCGUUGGCCUUGAUGUUUUGUUUUGAAGAUGUGUGAUGUCUUGUGAUUAAUCGAAUAGAUAAUUAUAUGA